AUGAGUUGGGAGAACCAGAGCCAUGUGUCCAUGUUCCUCCUCCUGGGGCUCCCCAUCCGGCCAGAAGAGCAGGGCAUGUUUUUUGCCCUGUUCCUGGGCAUGUACCUGACCACGGUGCUGGGGAACCUACUCAUCAUCCUGCUCAUCAGGCUGGACUCCCGCCUCCACACCCCCAUGUACUUCUUCCUCAGCCACUUGGCCUUCACUGACAUCGCCUUCUCGUCGGUCACUGUGCCGAAGAUGUUAAUGAGCAUGCAAACUCGAGACCAAUCCAUCCCCUAUGCAGGAUGUAUAGCACAGAUGUAUUUUUUCAUACUCUUUGGCUGCCUUGACAAUUUCCUUCUUGGAGUGAUGGCAUAUGACAGGUAUGUGGCCAUCUGCCGCCCACUGCACUACAUCUCUGUCAUGAGGGAGGAACUGUGUAUCUCAUUGGUGGCUGGGUCUUGGAUUUUCUGCUGUGCUCAUGCCCUGUUACACACGGUCCUCUUGAAGAAGACCAUGAGAAGGGAUAAUCAGAGCAGUGUGUCUGAAUUCCUCCUCCUGGGGCUCCCCAUCUGGCCACAGGACCAAGACCUAUACUAUGCCCUGUUCCUGGGCGUGUACCUGACCACGGUGCUGGGGAACCUGCUCAUCAUCCUGCUCAUCAGGCUGGACUCCCACCUCCACACCCCCAUGUACUUCUUCCUCAGCCACUUGGCCUUCUCGUCGGUCACUGUGCCAAAGACGCUGCUGAACAUGCACACACACAGUCAAUCCAUCUCAUAUGUUGGGUGCAUCUCCCAGAGUUUUUUUUUCUUAUUGUUUGGGAGUCUCGACAGCUUCCUUCUCACCUCCAUGGCCUACAACAGGUAUCUGGCCAUCUGUCACCCCCUGCACUACACCACCAUCCUGAGUCCAAGUCUCUGCUUCCUACUAGUAAUUGUGUCUUGGGUCUUAGCCUUUGCUAUUGCCCUCUUACACACCCUCCUUCUAGCCCAGCUCUCUUUCUACAAAGACAACGUUCUCCUUCAUUUCUUCUGUGACCUCUCCACCUUACUGAAGCUGUCCAGCUCAGACACCCGCGUCAAUGAGCUGGUUAUCCUCACUGUGGGAACUGUGGUCAUCACUUUGCCAUUCAUAUGCAUUCUGGUGUCUUACGGCUACACUGGGGCCACCAUCCUGAGAACGCCUUCCAUCAAAGGGAUCUGCAAAGCCUUUUCCACAUGUGGCUCUCACCUCACUGUGUUUUCUCUGUACUAUGGAGCAAUUAUUGGACUGUACUUUUUCUCCUCAUCUAGUACCACUAGUGACAAGGAUGUCAUUGUGGUUGUGUUGUAUAGUCUGGUCACACCCAUCUAUAGUCUAAGGAAUCUGGACAUGAAAGGAGCUCUAGGUAAUGUUUUUAGCAGAGGAAGAAGAUUCUCACCAUGA